AUGAACUUGAACAUUUUCCGCAUCCUGGGCGACGUGUCCCACACUGCCUCCAAAUGCAUUCUCAUAUGGGCCAUCCAUUCUAAUAAAAGUGCUGAAGGUGUAUCCCUUUUAACCCAGAUCCUCUACAUCGCCGUCUUCCUCACGCGGUACCUAGAUCUCUUCUGGGUGCCCCCUUCAGCAUCAUGGUGGAACUUUACACUCAAGAACUUCUAUAUCUGGUCCUCGAUCUACAUUAUCAUAUUGAUGACGAGGGUCUACGCCAGAACACGCGAGCGAGAAAAAGCUUGGAAAUGGGGAGCGUACGCCGCUGGUGCAUCGCUCAUCGCUGCCCCUCUAGUAUCUCUCAUCUUCAACGGCUGGUAUCGCUCGACCUUGACCGAAGUCCUAUGGACUUUCUCCAUCAUCCUCGAAUCCAUCUGCGUUCUUCCACAACUGCUACUCCUCCGCCAAACGAGCGUGCCCACCGUGAUUGACUCCUUUUACUUGAUCACGCUGGGUUCCUACCGAGCAUUCUAUCUUCUCAACUGGAUCUACCGAGCAUUCACACCAUCGAAGCCCGACCCCAUUUCCGUCAUCUUCGGCAUCAUUCAAACUGCCUUCUAUCUCGAUUUCGCCUGGAUGUAUUGGACGAGACAGCGAGUCAAGUUGAGGAGAGGAGGCAUUGUCGAUGCAGACGAUCUGAGAAAGGGCUGGCUUGUCAACAGGGUCAUCAACCACACGAGACAACCAUCCGACGAAGAUCCUGAGCCUGGCAACUCAACGGAGAGUGGACAACCUCAACAACCAAAGGUCAAUCGAUGGGGACCAAGGGGCAUAUCAAUAUCAGCAGAUGAUACCCUACAUGAGCAUGACAGGGGGAAGAAAGCAUCAAAUAACGGAAAUACGGAAGCAGAUCCAAUGUUGGAUGACGAUACAUUUGUCACGGACGAUGAAGACGAUGUCCCUCAUUUGGACGGGCCUGGAAAGAAGGUGCUCAACAGUGAUCAAGAAUGGCGGGAUAGUUCAUCAUCCAACAAAUGA